AUCAAAGAAGAAAUAUAUAUAUAUACAUGCAAAGAAAUUAUAUAUAUACGCAUAUAUAUAUCUAAAUAUUUUGUUAUCAAAGCUAAGAAGACAAAUGGAUGACGAGGUCAUUUUCGAAGAUCCGAUCUCGGCCGAAAUCUCUUUCCUCUAAAUCGUCUUGCAUGUUUAAUUACCCUGAUUAAAAAUCUCAUAAUUACAAACAAUAACAUCUAAAGAUUUUCAUUUCAUUAUUAAAUUAACGGAUUAAUAACACUACAUUCACGUAUUAUGUUAUAAAUUCUAAUUUAAAUUAUCUUAAAACCUUUAAAACUGCAGUUUCACAUUAUAACACAAAUAUUUUACAAACAAAGGUUCUCUUUUUUCACACGAAAACUUCUUUCACGAAAAUCCAAAAAAUUUUUUACGAAUCAUUACAUUUAUUCAUGCAUUAAAGAUUUAAAUAUAAGGAAUGUCUUUAAGUUUCUCAUAGAUUUCCAGCCUUGUGAUUAUGAGUUUUUAAUUAGGGAUAUAUGCAAUGGCGUCGUCGCUGUAUUUUUCGAACAUCUCCACGAUGUAUCGUUCAGAUUAUAUCCAAAGCGAUGUUAUACUCAAAGUCAAUUACUUAAUUACUUAUGUAAAUCGAUUCGUCAAUGAUAUAUGCAUACCUUCUCUCAUAUAAUUUUCGAUAUAUUCGCUGUAUUUAUCUGCUGUAGACGUAUAAAUCAAGUAUAUCCAUACAAUUGAUCAACACUUGUACAAGCGGGAGCGUUAACUUUUCCCAACAUAUCAAAUUUUAUCACGCAAAUUAAUAAGUUUUAAUAUAAAAUAUCAUUUCACAAUGUCAUUCUUUUUAGCAUUUAUUGAUGCGUGAUCAACGUAAUUUUGUUAUUCACAAAUUUUAACAGAUUACAAGUAUAGAACAUUAUAGACAUAAUUUAAAAGAUCAAAAGAUAAGUUCAAUAAAUUUUAUAAAUUAUGUAAAUAGUUUUACAGAAAUUAUAUAUAUUAUUACAUAAGACUGAAGAGAUUAAAAACAUUUCAAUAUUUAAUAAUCCAAUUCAAGAAUCUUGGAUACUUAAUACUUGGAUAUUGAAGAAAUACUGAGAAUACUGGGAUUAAUGUUUCCGCUUGUACAAAGAGACGUGGCGACACAUUUAAAGGACCAGGAAUGUUCUCCGGAACAAAUUUUAAUUAACGGCCGUGUAAGCGGAUUGUAAUUAAAAUUAUUGACACCCAAUAAUUUAAUUCCUUUAGCAAGAAAUAGUUAAAUCCAGCAUAAUCAAGAUGAUAUCCUGGUCUACUUAACUGCAAUGGUCACUUAAAUGCAGCAGUUGACAGUAAUGUAAAGUAUUUUGCUUAAUCGCUCUCUCUCGUCUCACUUAUCGCGACCUAUAAUAAUCUCUAUUAUCUGCUACUGCUAUAGAAAACUUUCGAUGUGUUUUAUAUAGUGUUUAAAGAUGUGGGAAUUAAUCUCGGGAAUAUAUUGAACGAAUCUAUUUUUGUAUCUCUAAAAACUCAUUAUUUCAUUGAUUUAAUUUUCUUCACUUAGUACAUCUCCGUUCACAAUUUUCAAUUUUUCUUUUUAAUUCUUUAAAUACGACCAAUGAGAAAAUUUAUUUAUCCCUGAUGAGUAUAAAUGUAACUCGUAUUUUAUGUAAUCAAUGAAAUAUUGAUAUAUGUAUAACUUUAAUUAAUUGAGCAAUCCUUGUAAUUGAUUUCCACAUUGGUUAAUAUUAUGUGUGAAAUGCAUGCGCUCUUCGUCGUAAUAGUGUUGUUCUUGCUGUUCGAAGGACACGAAGAUAAAGCUGAGUGAAAUGUAUCAGUCAGUUAUUAUAUUCGCACUUACAUAUUUGGAUGUAUCAAAUGUAUGCAUUUUAUUUGAAGAUAUUAAUUUUUCCACUUUUCUCUCUCUUUAUUCUCUUUUAUGCAUUUUGCUCCGCUAUUUUAAACAUUACAUUUUGUUUCAGAGUAUAUAUAUGACAGACAAAUUACUCUAGAAAAUUUAUGUAAAAUUAACUCUUGUCGCACAUAGUAUUUUGACGUUGCAGAUUACUUUGAAUUAAAUUGCUUAUUGUUGAGCAUUAGCUAAUGCCAAAUAAUAGCAAUUUAUUUUACGAUCUGAAAUAUUAAUAAAAAGAAUUUAUAUUUCUAACAUUUAUCAAAUUUUGCGAGGCUGACUGAUGUAUUUGCUAAUUUUUCUUCGAAAUACAAACCAAGAAUUUGCUUUUAUCCUCGAGACAAACAAUUACAAAUUAAAAAUUAAUUUAUCGAACUGGUAAUUACUUUAUCGAAACAGCAUACAAAAUUCCGCAAAUCCUACAAAAAUAUCAUCUGUACAAUUCAAUAAAAUUUCCCUUUAACAUCUAUUCAAAAUCUCGAGGGCAGAAACAACUCGCUUGUGUAGAAAUCUUGCUGUUCGAUGGGAAAAUCGUGUGCUCUUUUUCUCAAUUCCACUGGGAAUGGGAUGCAAUACAUGUGCAUUGCAUCCCAGUGCAUUUUCUCUAUAUCUUUAGCUCUCUCUAUAAUUCCUCUGUAGCAUCACUUAUGAUGUAAUUACUUAUGUGUAAUGCGCAUAUACAUCGCGUUAUACCCUACUUCUCUAUUCUAUACUUAAUCUAUGUAGCGUGAUAAAAAAAAACAUGAAGCAAAACUUAGUGGCAUAUGAAGCAGCAGAAUAUCGAAUGUUCGAUGUUGCCGCUGAUGCUGAUGUUACUGCUGACUAAUGUCGUGUGUCGUUGUUGUUUCUUAAUAAUCAACAUUAACCCUAAACAAUAUAAGCUGAACUUCGAAAUAUAAAUUAUUAAAAAUUAUCACGUUAUGUUUAUAUAUUGCAUUUUUUCUUGGGUAUAAUUUUAUAACUAUUUUUAUUAUUAUUAUCAGCAGAGUUUUAUUGGAAAUAACUGAGAAUAACCUGAAUAAAUGAGAUAUUCAUGCCACAAAGUUAAUUAAACUAGAAAGAAUUCACAGCUAAAUUAUAAAUUAUAUUGUUUAGGGAUAAUAAUGCUCGUUGCCAUGUCGCUAAUAAGAGAAAGGUCAUCGGAGAACUUCUGCAGCUCUAGAAAUUCUCCGCAUGAUAGCUUGAUGUAUCGAUCGAAAGUGAAAAUGAAAAAAAACUUUACUCGAUCCUGACGCAUACGAUCAUGUUAUUAUCUUGACUCGCUCUCCCCCGUCCCCUUCAUUUAUUGUCUCAUUUUUCAUUAAAAUUGCUACUUGUUAUUAAAUAAAUGAUGAAGUGAAUAGAGAUUAAAAAGAACGUUCAUGCCAAACCAAGAAUACAGAUUUAAGAGUUAAAAGAUCAGGAAUUACUACAUUGAACCUGUGUGUGAAACUUUUAUUGUUCACGGACAACUACCGGAUCCUUAGUACAAAAUCUAUCGACUGUUCAAGUCUUUAACUGACUUUCUUCAUGGAUCUUUCAAUGCUUGCGUGUCUCGGACUUGCUCUCGGACUUGCUCAAAUCACCUUUACGUUUGUCUCCCGUGCGUGCUGUGUAACAUAUCGUACUCGCACAAAGUACAUAACUUUCCACACGCUAGAGAGUCUAACACUUUCGCUUCCUUUCCCUUCAGCCACCCUAAGCCAACCUCGUGCGGCACGUGGCACGUGAUAAAUAUAUGUCAAAAAAUAAAAAGAAACAAAGAAAAACGAAUUAAGCCCAUUCGAUGAUUCGUGUUUCAUAGACUUUCGCUCGACAUGAAGAACGAACGAAAUAACGCGAGGCUCAUUCCGCACUUCGGCGUACCGAACGUCUAGCUAAUACCGAUCGAUCUAUCGUGCUGAUCUAGCCGUGAAGCGCAGUUAGUUUCUGUCUCACUUCGCGAUUAUCGCGCUCUAAGGGAACACAAAUACAAAUUGAUUGCGUUAAAUGAUCCGACAGGUUCCGUUAACGAUCCCUUGCAUUUAAUGCAAACGUUUCAUCAACGUUUGUGAAUAAAAGUGUGUCUACUUGAGGCUUACACGUACAUAAUGAGGGUAGACAAUGGAACGGAACGGAUGUGUCUCUUUCUAUAAGAGAAUGGAACACAACUGUUGCUUUCUGUAUCUGUUUGCUCACAUUGCGGUGAUAUUAAAACAUUUUCUCUUUACACCGUGUCUUUCUAGGCUAAAUGCGAAUCGUCUUUUAACUUCGGCAAUCAAGGAGCGUUGUUGAAGUCACGAAGUUAACUCCUCUUCACCGAUCAUGAACUACAGAAUCUCACAGUUGAUCGCUCGAACGUUCCUCGAAUUAAUUGUUUCUUCGAUGUUAAAUCGUUCGAGGAAUGCACGACGCUGAUUACAGAUCGACGAUAGAGCGUGUAAAUCUCAAAUGUGAUUGGUCCGUCGAAGGGAAAUAAAUAGGGCGGAGGAAUGGAAUAGCAACUGAAAAACUCAACAAACUCAAUUCAUAUCUUCGUCGAGGGUUUGUCGCCACUGUGAUAUGCGGAUUUUAAGGUCCAAGAAUCUUAAGAUCUCGGUAUUCAAUUUUAAUGUCACGCGAGAAGCGAUAAAUCCAUUUUUUAAGAAGUUACAAUUUUCGAUACAUUGAUGUUGAUGGUAACACAAUUUCUCCAAAUCGCAAACUGCAAACUAUUCCAUUCCUCCGUCUUCUUCUAUUAACAAGUAUCGAUCCCACUCGACUACUUAAUAAUCAAGAAAACCGUUGAGAGUAUUAAAACCGUAAUAUUCUUAAAAAGAAGAAACAACCUUGUUAGGUCCCAAAUAGCGCCGAAAAUUUUGAGGAUCAAGGCGGCAGACGUUAUGUUUUUUCCAUGUACAUAAAAUCUCUAGGGACAUCUCGAUCUACAUUUUAACUCGUUAUCGUUUUUACAAUGAUGGUUUUAUCGUAAAACCACCACCAAGAGCGAAUACGACAAAUGAGAAGUUACAAUAUGCGAGCGGAUUUCUCGCUUCCUCGACACGUUCACGAAGAAGAGUUCCUAGAUAAGUCUUUUAGAUAUCAUAGAUAAAACCUUAGGUAAACUCUGAGGACUGUAGAUGUUUAGACACACAUGGGUCCUCGCAAUAUUUCGAUUCAAUUAAAUUACUGAGUUCCCGUGGAUUCUCGGAUCUGUAGAUUCUCACAUCUUUGGAAGUGUAGAUUGUUGAACUCUUAGAUAUUCGCGUCACCUAGGAUUUAUAUAGAUCCUCGAGUUCUUAGAUCCGAGAAUCCCUCAAUCUCUAAGUUUUGUUGAAAUUUUCAAAUUUUUCCGAAAUUUGAAAUGUUUUAAAUUGGACUGUUUCAUCGAAAUCUUUCAUCUAUCGAAAGAUAUUAAUUAGUCCCUCACAAAUUGAUUACUGUUGAAAUCAAUGAUUAACUAAGUGAUUUCGAGGAACGUCGAGAAACCCGCAAACACCGACUUGGCUAUUCAGAGACAACGACACAACGCAUUAUAAAGUAAUAAUGAUAACUUAACGUUAAUCGAUUAUUAUUACGAUCACUUACAUCGCGAGGAGUGAUGACGAUGAUGAUCUUUCUGUACAGGCUGUCCGCGGACUAUUGCGCUUCCCUUGAAUACACCAUUUUGGAAGGACAACGUUACGAAUAAUAAUAAAGUUUGAAUGUCCUGGCAUCGAUGGAUUUCAAUUUACAAAUGACUUAAAUCAAACUUAGAAGUGAUUUAAGUCACAUUUGGCCACGUUUUUGUGGCCACUUGACUUAUUUGUAACUUAAAGACUAAUUCUGCCUGGAUACUCGAACGAAAAUCGUUGCAUUCGUCUUUCUUUUUCCAAAAAACGUUUGCGAGAAGAGGCACGACAGUUCGAGGAUGUCCAUAGAAGUUAGGCGUUAAGCGAGAUGCAUCAUUAAGGAUGAAGUUAACAAACCAAAUGUGGUUAAGUAGAUAGACUUUAGCUUUAUACACAAAAGAGUGCUAAGGGAAUAUUCAUGAAACUGUGAAAGAGAGAGCGAGAGAGAGAGAGAGAAAGAGAGAGAGAAAACGAGAGAACUUUGUCGAUUGGUGAAUGAAUUGCAAAAGAGAAAACGUUAAAAAGACUCCGCAUUUUCGACUGCCAUUCGAGUUAGAAACGAUUCGUUAUACCAACAUGUCCGAGCGAACUUGUGCGAUAUUUGUGGGAACGAGUUACCGUUAUUCUCGCUGUCAUUAGAAUUAUAUACAGAAUACAUGUAUCCCAGAUCAGUCGCAUUUUCUUUAAUGCACGGAUUUUUUGAUCGACAAAAUUAAAGAAAGUGUCAUUGAUUGCGGAUAUUCUGUAUUGUCGAGAGCGUUGCAUUUAUCUUUUGAAUUAUUAAUGCUAUAUGUUAACUAAUAAUAAAGUUUACAUAAUAUGAAUUAACGUUAUCGCCUUCUCUAAAUACAUGAGAUUAUUAUUAAAGUUUAUUAUAUUGACGAUUAAAUUCAAAUAUUUGAGGAGAUUAUGUAAAUUUGAUUUUAGAUUAAAAAUUAUCUGACAUUGGUACAUAUUAUUUGUUAUUCUUAUCUUAUUUUUAUUAUCCUUUGGAGUACCAGACAAUUCGUCACGAUUGUAAGUAACAAAGAAAUUUGAAAAGAGUUUGUUGAAUAAGCAAAUUUGAUCACAAUAGGAGAAAAGAGAUAUAUAAAAGCAAUAUAAGAAAAUUACAAGACAAUUGUAAUUUUAUGUACAAUUUUCUCCAAUUUCCGAAAUUAAAUUUAUUAUUAGUUCUCCUUUCGUGAAAAAGGUACUUAUUAAAUGGAAGAAUAAACGUUUGGUGAACCAAAAGAUUGAAAUUAAUGGGAUAAUUUUUUCGAUGUCACAAGUAAAAGUUUUUAUUUUAUUUAAUAUUAAUAAUUGUCGUUUAAUAUUAAUAAUUGUUUAUGUAUGUUCUUAACGAUAGCGUGCGUUCGAUAUUGUUGUGGACCAGACUCUUCGUGAUUUCGUUAAACCGAGAAGCAAUACUGUUGAUGCCUACACUUACUAUUACCGAGCGAGUGUGCUUAAAUAAAUGAUGAUUAGUCCCGGAACCCUAAUAUCCAACUUCACUUGUUUGUCCCAUUUCAUAAAAUAAAAAAAUAUCACAUUUCGCUAAAAUCACACAUAUAUUAUAUAAUAUUUUAUUUAUAUAUUUUACUUUAUAUGUGAAUAUUUUAACAUACUAUAUCUUUUCAUUAAAUUAAUAUUUGGAACAAAUUGAGAUAUUAUGUUUAUUAUUAUUAAAAAUAAUUAGGGUUCUAGGAUUAAUGACGAAAAAUUUGAGAACUUUGCGACAACUUUUCGCAGAUUUAAAACGAAACGAAACAUCAGCAUUUCAGAAUAUGUCAUAGUAAAAAACUCAAUUGGAAGAAGUAGAGCGUGCAGCGUAAAGAAAACCAAAAGUGUAAUAGAUUAAACUUGAUUAAAUGUAAUGUCUGAUUUAGCCUGAUAAUCCAAAGGUUAAUUUGAGCUUAUUUCUUCUCUGUUGGCAGGUAUCUGCGAAAAGGUGUCUUUAAAAAAAUUAGGACGAUUUAGGAUAAAAUCGGAGAAUUUAAUAAAAUAGCAGCACCAAAUAGAAUGAAAAAAGAAUGAACGAGAAUCGCACGAAGCUUGCUCGGAAAAUACAUGGAAGAUCGCAAAUGAUCUGAAGAUUGCUUGGACUCUUGAAAUUUGCGAAUAAACUCUUUAGUUUUUAUUUUUCUGUAUUACAUUUUUAGAAUCUCCAAUACUGAAUAUUGAGUCUUCAAUUAAGAAACUGUAAAUAUUGAAUUCAUAUCUCUUCAUGAUUUGUUCAAUUUUAUAUAUAAUCUGACAAUUAAAUUUAAUAUAUUACUUUCUUCUAACCUAAGUGUAUAACAAAAUAUGCCGCUAAUAUUUUAUCUCUCAUUCUGAAUAAGAAUAAAACCUUUUUUAGUUAAAGAACUAAGAAUACUCUUAAAAACGAAAACAUCACUGAUAUAUGUAUCUACGAAUGUAGAAUCUUAUCUUACAAAAGGUAAUAUUAAUUUAAGUCCAUGAAUUUAAUUGAAAUCGAAAUAAACUUUGUUUGUGGAUAUAACUGUCAGAUUAUAUAGUCCUCUUAUAGCUUAUUGCGAGCCCUAGAUCCUUAUAUAUUCUUUGUUUUAUGAAAAAUUGAAAUUCCGGAAUCCUCGAAUCGGAGGACCAUUUUGCGGCGAAUGAAAAAAGAAUACUGAAGGAAGUACGGAAAGUUCGCGUGAACAAAGGAAGCGAAGUAAAAAGAAGACGAUGACGGAGGAAUAAAACCCUUGUAUAAAGUAGCAGUGCGUAGCGGCUAAACUAAUCGAUAAAGGAAUGACACAAACGAGUUUAUUGUUGAAUAUAAUAAUGUAUUAUGUAACAUUAACAAAGUAAAAAAAAGGAAAGGUGGAGGCGAAUGAUGAUAAUAUUAUAUUGUUGUUAGAUAUAUAUUAUAUAUAUAUUAUAUAUAAAAAAAACCUAGGUAUAUAUUAAGCGACCACCCAACAUUCACCCACACAAGUAUACACUCUCGCAGGAUAUACAGGGUGUCUCGAAGAAAAAUGUAUUCCAGUAGAGGAGACGCUUACUGCUCGAGUAAAAUUUGCGUUUGUUUUUUUCUAGCGAUGACUUAACCCGAAAUAUUUGUUGAAGAUUAAUAAAAAGUGAAAAUAACCAAACGUAUUUUUUAUUCUCUUAUCAACAUAGUCAGAGGCUUUUUUGGCAAAACCCCAUAAGUGAGAGAAAUUAAAGCCUGAUGCUUUUUUGAAAUUUUGCAAUAUUUAUAUUUAUAGCUUUUUUAUAUAAUUAUAUAUUUAACAUUGCGUUAUAUUAUAAUAAUAAUAUAUAAUAAUUAUAUAUUUAAAAUUACGUUGACAAAACUCUCACCUUGUCACAGUUUAAAUAAUAGUACAUUAAUUAGAUCGUACGUUGGAAAACAUUACAAAAAGUAACAUAAAUGUAAGAAUGCAAUUUCGCAUUUUUUCUGUGCAUACGUAUUAUUAAUUCUGCUUACGUAACAAAAUUCCAAUUUCAAAACUUGUGUUAAGCAAUUUUUAUCGUGACACGAUUUCGGGAAUAUCGAUCUCAGGGCAUGCAAAACCUCAGUGAACGUAAAAAGAUCUCCCGGAGUGCUUGAUAUUUUACGCACAUAAAUUUAGACUAAAAAAUUUAAUAAAAGUAAUUAUUAAUCAUGUGUUACAUGGAAUAAAAUGUAAUAGGAAGUGAAUAUAAAGACAAACGAGAAAGAGAGAAAUCUCUAAAAAAUGGAGUAUCAACGGCAAUAUGUCCUUUUGUUAUUGCAAAUCAUCUUUUUUGUCGAAAACUGUUUCGCGGAGAAUCUGAUAUUGAACAUUAACUUCAAGAAACCGAUCGCUGUGACUAACGAUGCGUUUCUCAGUUUUACUUUGGAUCCAGAAGUGUUGUUGCGUAAAAACGAUAAUUUCACCAAAAUCGAGAGAAGCACAAACAUGAUGCGAGGCUUGGCGCCUGCCUACGUUCGCUUUGCAGGACCACAAAGUAACGCCUACAUCUUUGAAGAAACGGAUUUGAAUAACGUUGCUACCAAUUCAAACAGUGUGCUUUCUGAAAGGCAUUGGGCGUUGUUAUAUCAGUGGGCAAAGAACGCCGGAUUAGACGUAAUCACAUGCAUUGCACCUCGCUUUAUCGAAGAUGAAUCGAAAACACAUUCCUGGCAUCCUACAAACCUGACAAAGUUUCUCUCUUUCAGCAAUCAAAUGGAUUACAACAUUAACUGGCAAUUGGGUUACGAGUGCCAAACGAGAUGCGAAUUUUCUGGUGGAGAUCUGGGAAGAUACGUCACAAAUUUACGUGAUCUGCUCGAGACUUACCCAAAAUAUUCCAACGCUUUAAUCAUAGGUCCAGAUAUCGUGACGUACAAAACAACAGAACAACAAAGGUAUCUUCAGGAUUAUUUCAAUUCAGCGAAUGAUGCACUUUCUGCAAUAACAUGGCAUCCCAAUUUUACUAGCAUUGCUUUGGUAAACAAUGGUAAUAUAUCCGUACAGUAUGACAAUCUGGCAGCCGAAAUGGACGAGAUAUAUAAAAUUAUUGGUCGCACUGCAGGAAAUAAGCCACUAUGGAUUGCGGAAUCGAAACCAGAAAAAUACAAACACCAAUAUCUAGGAGCGCUAAUUUGGACGAGAAGACUCGGAAAUGCUGCGAAGCUAGGCAUACAAGUUGUGAUGAGACAACUACAAGAUUUGAAUAAAGCGAGUCCCGAUUACUGGGUAUCCUUGUUGCACAAGGCUUUAGUGGGACGCGAAGUUUUGGAGAUGAGAAUUCAACACUCUGACAACAGCAAUAUACAUUUUUACAGCCAAUGCACAAAACCUACCGCACUCUAUGAUAAAGGAGCUAUAACGAUUUUUGGAGUGAAUUUGACGCCAGAAACAGUGAUUGCUAAUCUAAACGGACUCAAGAUCAAAACUCUUCACAAGUACAUUCUAUCGCCCGAUUUCGAAACGGGUGAUAAAAUGUUUUCAGAGAAAAUCUUAUUGAAUAACAAGCCAUUUAAUUUAAUAGACAAUAAAAAGGUACCUGAUUUACAGCCAGAGAUUAUUAUUGAUUCUGACAACCUAGAAAUAAAGCUCUCUUCUGGCGACAUAGGUUUUUGGGUUAUACCUGAUGCAAAGGUAAAAGCUUGCAUGUAUACGGAAGAGGAAACAACUGAUGUGAAUACUGUGGCCAAAAAAUUAUCAAAACGACAUGAAAAUACCAUUCAGCAAGACAAUCAAGAAGAAGAGAAAGAUAUAAGUCAAUCUACUUUAAAAAAUCAAAAGACGAAGCAAGACAGAAGAAAGCAGAAAAAUAUGGAAAACGAAAAUCAACAAGAUGUUUGGAAUAGUAGAUUACUCGGAAGAAUAAGAAGAGUUUUACAAAAAAGGCUUCUGCGGAAGAAUAAGAGUGAUUCUCCGAAUUUCCAAAGAUCAAUCACGGUCGUUCUCAAACAAGACAAUUCAUCCGAGGAAAAAAAAGAACAAUCAAAUUUAAAAAAUAAUAAUUUUAAGACAGCUGAUAACAAGCUUGAAAAUGUUCAUGAUACACCGAAGAAAUAUAAACGCUCAUUACUGGAAAAGAAAGACCAAACGGAAUCAGAAUACAUAGAAGAUCUGAAAAUGGAGAAUCUUGAUAAUGCAGUGACAUCAAAGAUUGACACUUUGCUUCAGCUUGAUGAAGAAGUUACUUCAAACGAUUUAACUAUGAAUACACUUAAAGAUGAAACAGAAAAUGAAGCGAAAGUAAUAGUUGGAUUAAAUGGAAAAUUGAAAAAAUACUUACACACAUUAGGGAAUUUCUCGAAAAAGACGAACGUAAUUGAGAGUAUAAAAAAAUACUUUGAUAUGCUUUUCAAUAUGUUACAAGACAAUGAAUCAACAAAGAAUAAUGACAAUCAAAUUUUUGUCCAGGAGGAUUCUAUGGAGGAGAACAGAUUUAAAAGAGAUCUAAACAGAAUAUCGGAAAAUUCCAGAAACAAAAUACUUGGCAAACGCUCACAAAUAGAUGACUUAAAGAAUGUGGUUAAACGGAAGAUCUUUCAUAAAAAGAAAUUGACAUCCGAUAAUCUGAACAAAAAUUAUGACAAGGACAAAAAUAAUCGUCAUAAUUUGCGCCGGCAAGACCCUGUAAAAAGAUUUCUCGACAAUAAAGCUUCAGCUGUUCAAAUGAAUCAUCAUUCAGCUCAACAAGAAUUUAGAAGAGAUCUUAAAAGAAGAAAGAAAAAUAAUACUAACAGGGAAUAUUCAAAAAUCGAUGAUAAUUAUCAAAGUUCAAUGCAGAAACUUGAAAGAGCGAGAAGAGAUAUGGGCAAGAAAUUAGCCGAAAUAAGUUUGAGAAAGGAGACCUUCUCUAACAAACGAUCGAGAACCGAUGAUGUAAAAGAUUAUCUAAACGAAAAGAAAAUAAAGAAGAAAGAUGAAAAGGAAGGAUUGUUGGUACCAUUCAAUCCAAGAACCUCCGAGAGCGGUGAAAAUAACUUUUACGGCUUCUUCCGGCGAAAACCAAUGGACAAUUUUCCCGAGGGCGAUGUUUUUGUUAUCACGGGAGAUUCAUUGGAACAAAAUGGCAACGAUUACGAUUACGUCGAUGACAAAAACGAUGAUGUCGACAGUUUGAAACAGAAGAAUACGCAGCACGCGCUAGAUUACACGGAAAGUGAUACUUGGGAAGAGCCACAAGUUGAGGAUCAUCGCGAUUAUGUGCCAAACGAGUUUUUCGAAAACGUGAAGUUAUCACAUACAAAAAUUAAAGAAGGCUCAAAAGAUUACGGCGAUUUGUGGGAGGCGCAAUAUUUUUCUGAAGAACAGGAGAAUACAGGUGCAAAUAUAAGAACAAAAGAUGGAGAUAAUAAUAAAAGAAGUAUCGCAGAAAGUUUAGAAGUACAGUACAAGCGACCUGAUAAAGGAAAGGAAAAAUAUUUUAGGGAAACGAGCAUGCAAUAUGAUCAGAACGCGAAACAUGAGCCCGUAGAACUGAAACGCUUUUCAACCACUAUCAAUCAAUUUGCGGAAACUCCAGCUUAUAUCAAUCACACAUCAAAUGUGAGACCCGAAGAAGCGGAAUUAAAAGCAAAUCCAGAAUCAAAAGUUUCUUUCUAUCAACCAGCUCAAGUUUUCGCUGCAAGAUAUGGCAAUUACCAAGCUUCAACUGCAAAAUACGAUGAAGCCAAGUUAAGUGAAGAAAAAGAUUCGAUUGUGAACAUGUUAGAUAGUAAGGAUGAUAUAAAUACAAAACCAAUUAAUUUUUAUAAGCCUGCAGAAUAUCCUAUCUCAAAUGGAGAAAAUGAGAGAACUAAAAGAAGCGAUUGGGAGAAACUAAAAAUAGAUCUUAAUCGGGAAAUGAUUGAAGAAGACGAAAAUAACGCAAAAGAUUGCCAUUGCAGAGUCAUUCGAGCUUCCGAUUCGAAAAAGUUCUGCUAUUGCCGUGUAAAACGUGAUAAUCACGUACCUGAUUCUUCCUCAGAGAUUGAAGAUGUUAAUACAGAUAAUACACAAAUUGUGAGGGAUGCCCGAAAUAUGACAAAGGAAGAUUACGAGAAAAUUAUGACGGGAGAAAUACUUCCAAACACAGACAUAAGUAAUUCUGAAUAUGACGAACGUACUACAAUCACCGAAACUAUGGUCGAGUCAAGUCGAGUGGAUUAUGAACCAAACAAUACCAUGCAAACAAUUGGCACAGCUUCAACAUUACCAAUGGAUAGUUCAACAAUAAAUAUUUCUGAGCAAAAUGAUAAUGCAGAAAAAUCUACCACCAAACCAUUACUUGCGGAUUCAACUUUAGGACUUUCUCUGAGCAGUGAUAAGUCUGUUGAAGAUAUCACAAAAAAGACGUUUUUUCGUCCCCAAUCAGAUGUCCAAACAGAGAACCAAACGUAUGAUCUUCCCGAGAUUGAUUAUAGCAUUUAUUCGGAUAGUCGGAAGGAUUUUGUUCCCUCAUCUUUCACGAGACCUUCGCAGAAGACGACUCGAGAGAAGAAGGCAGCUAUCGUCGAGGAGAAGGAAACAGAGAAUUCCACACACUCGACGAUCACCACAAAUCAGGAAGAAAAGGAACGGCACGAGGAUAACUAUACAUCUAGUUUGAAGACAACCAAUUUCCUUGAAGGAAUAACGGAAGGAAUUGUUAAAGAGACAACGACAGAAACGAGUUUAUCAAAACGAGCAAUAGAUAAAUCGAUUGACAACUCGAAAUCGAAUGAAACGGAAAUAAGCCAAAAGUUGCAACGAGAUGUAGGAGACACCCCAAAAAAUAAAUCCGAAACUGAGGAAAGAAAGUUGAAGUCAAAAAAGGGUGUCGACGCGAGAAGAAUGAACAGCAUGAUGCAAAAGCUUCCAAAAGCGCCAUUGAGAGGACUCGCCAGAACCGAGGAGAAUUUGAUAAAACGCGCUAAACAGAUUGACAAACGGAAAGAAAGAUUGUACGCAAAACGGGAAAAGUUGUUGCAGCAGUAUCAGCAAGAACUGUCACAGAUCGCCAACGAACAUACGCGGAAUUUGAAAAGGAGAGAAGCGUGGGAAAGAUUUUACGAGAGUGACGAUUUUCGUCAACUGAUUGAUCAGGGAGAGUUUAUUGCCGUUCUAAUAGACGAUAAUAUCAGCUACGAAGAUGAUGAUAAUGAUGAUGAUAAUGAUGAUGAUGAUGAUGAUGAUGAUGAUGAUGAUGAUGAUGAAUGUAACGAUGAAGAAGAAUAUGAUGGAAGAUAUGUAAUUCCUAUUGAGCUUACUUCUAAGCAGUACGACGCUCUUCUGAAUCAAAUAUACCCAUUUAUGAAGAAAGUACGUUAUCCAAACAGAUCUCAGUUUCUUCGACAGUUGGAGGAGCAAGCAGAUGAACAAGAAUCAGCAGAAUCAAGUUCCAGAUCUGAUCAUGGAAUCUUCGCGAUCGAUCCUUCGACAUAUCAUGGCGGUGAGCCAACCUUGCAGCUUUACAAAGGCAACAUAAAAUCACCAAGAUAUCAUUCGCAGGUCAAGUCCCAAAUGCAGAUUCCAAAAUGGAUGUUGAAAGAAAACUUCAAUCAAGCUUAUUUCAGAAAACCCGACAAAGACCAGCAUCCAGUCUCAAAAUUGCAGGAAUACAUGAAGAAAUUGCCAAUCAGGGAUUAUCGUGAUCGAGAAAAGUCUGACGUCUUGUAUGUCUUAGACGCGCAAAAACAAUCUGACUUACCAAAAGAACUCGCACGAGUUUGGUUGAAUUCCAUUGAUCGAAGAGAUAUCAAUGGAGCUGCACGCAAUAAAAUACAAGUUGGAUCAAGCAAUAUUUACAGAAAUCUUGAAGAAAAGCAUGAUGUUUUGGAUUCUAUGCCUAUGACAGGUACAGAAACAGAAUUGACCAGAGAUUUUGAUACCGAAAGAAACACAGGGGAUAAAGAAUUCGCCAAUGUCGAUGAUGGAAAAGAAGAUACAUUGAAUUUUAAAACAACUGAAAAUACUGAAGAUGCUGAAAAGAUGACAAAGAAUGAAAAAUUUGAAAAUUUAAGAUUAGCGAGAGAUAUGAAAACUGAAGAAGAUAUAAAAAGUGAACAAGUAACUGAUGUUCAUAAUAAAAAGGAAGACAUAUUGAAUAUUAAGACAGCUAAGGAUUUAAAAGAUGAAAAGAUGGAGAAAAUUAAGAAAACUAAAGAUUCUGAUGUUAUCAAAGAAGAAAUGUUAAAUACUAGAUCUAGAAAAGCUACUGCUAAAACAAAUCGCUUGAAUAGAAAGAAUAAAAAUGUAGUAGAAAAUAAAGAUACUGAAAUUAAUAAAUCUUAUAAUUCAAAUGAAGUAAAAGAGGAUUUAAAUAUUAAAAUGUCAAAUAAUAAUGAAGCAGUCGAAGAUGUUGAAACAGUCACUGAUGUUGAUCUAGAGCCAAGCAAACUUGAGGAAGGAGUUACACGAACUCGAAGAAGUAUUAAGAAAGCAACGAACAACAAAUAUUUGCAACAGCCGUAUUUUCUAUUAACCAGAGACGAUGCAAAAAACGGACCAAACCGUGACAUACACAUUUAUUUUAAAAAAAACUCUGAAGAAAUAUUCAACAAACAACCAGUCCACUAUAUCUUACUAAGAAAGAUGUCAGAUUCGACAUAUAAUGACAAUUCCUCGGAAGAUUUUGAGGUUCCUGUGGAAUUGUCUAGAUUUCUAACAAAAAGAAUAACAGACUUGAUAAGUGAAUAUCCAGAUAAUGAAAUUUUGGAAGAACUUGAAAAUUACGAAACUUUGCUGUUUCUCUCGAAUCUGCUAAACAAAACUGCCACAGAUAUAUCACAUGAAGAAAUUUAUUCAGAAAGUGAGCAAGAUAUUUCUGUAGAUGAUGAAGAUACUGGAAUUAAUUAUCAGUCAAGAAAGAAAGAUGAACAAUAUGAAUCUAGAAGUGAAGAAUCUGAUAAAUAUUCAGAAAUGAAAGACAAAACACACUUUUACAAGAAUCCAAUACAAUUCCAUAAACGUGGAAUGCUUUUAUUACUUCCACGAAGAAACGAGCGAAGACGGCGAAGACAAAUCGAAAGUGAAAUCUGUGAUGAAAAUAUAAAUGAAAUAAAAGAUGAGCCUAGGAAAUCUAUUUUAGCUCAGAAUUCUGAAGAUAAAAGUGUUGAAUAUCAUUUAAACGAUAAUAACAUCAAUAAAAUAAACAUAGAAAAGAUAAUGAAAAUGAAGAAUAAAAGAACAAAUUAUUUUAAGUCUGUGAUGGACAAAAGAAAUCAUGACGAUCUACUCGAGGAUUUUAUAGAAGCUUGUAAAAAAAAUAAUUUACAUGAUAACGAGAUUUCUUUUUUUAUGAAAAAUAAAGAUAAAGAUAAAAUUACUAAAAAUAACAUUAUAAAAAGCGACGAAAAAUUAUUAUCUCUUCUGGAAGAACCAAUUCCGAUAGUAGAAAAUCUGAUUAUUAAAUCAAAUAAACCACAAGAUCUUACACAAUCCUUGGAACAAUCCGCUGAUAAUUUUGAAGAAAAAAGUAAGGAAACUUUUGCCUUGGACGGAGACAAACAUUCGAAGAAUGCAACUUCCGAAACUAAUAGCAAUUAUUUAAAUAUUGGAUUUAUAGAGAAAUUAUUUGCGUUUUUCUCAGAACUUUCACAGAUCUUUAUAUAGAAAUCUUGAACAGCAUAAAUUAAUGUAUACUAAUAAUAGCAUAAGAUAUUAAUGUUUGCAUUUAAUGUAUCUAUAUUAUUCAUCUUCAUAAUUAUAUAUAAUAUACGAGCA